UGGCCCCGGGACACUGGCAUAGGCCCCACACUCCUGCACGCCUGCCCAUUUACACUCCCCCUGCCCCCACUACCACUUUCCCCACUUCUUUUUACCUGAAUUUCCUGCUCAGGGGCUUCUGGUUGUGGGGUGGGUCUGGGUGGACCCUGCUAUUGCAGGAACCUGCUGGGGCUUCCCCUGGGUCCUACUGCCCCUGGCUGUUGUCAUCUUUGACAGACAGCUGGGGCAGACAAAUAUUAAUUUUCUAAAUUUUUUUAGGGGCUCCACAGGCCAGAUAGGAUUUGGCCCACGGGCCAUAUUUUGCCCACCCCUGGUCUAAUACAAGAUAUCACAUUUACCUAAAGAACCUUGUGUGCCUUCAUAAACACAACAUUUAGGCCCUGGAAGUCUGUAGGAAAUGUUUUGACAUGCACCUUGUGUUCCCAGUAACUUUUGCAUAGCUAGAGAGAGCAUCUUUAAGCAUUGUAGAAAUUUCAGGCUCCUUGCUCAUCUCUUCUGGUCUAAGUACUUGUGAGGAUUCCCACCAGUUAAAUGCUAUAGAUAAACCAGAGGAAUCUUCUGGCAGUGCAGAAUUCCAUAUUUCCACAUUUUGAACAACUGUUUAGUCAGCUGACUCCUAAGUUAGUGAUGGCUCAGAAAUCUGCAGGUGCUGCGACUCGAGCACCUGGCCAGAAAUUCUCUCCAUUAGAAUUUCAGCUGCUCUUGGAUCAUAUCUUGCACCAGCUAAUGAAGGGGUAUUUCUUACCACUAAGCAGUAAUGGAAAAAGUGUAAGUAGCAGGUUACAACUAUUCCAUUUGAGGUAACCAUGGCAAUAUUGAAGCUCAGCUGAAUUGUAUCCAGACUUUUGAGCCUUAAAGUGGAGAUUUUUCAAGUGAAGUAUUUAUUGUCUUUCUGGCUUUCCAUCCAGAGUGGAUAGAUGGUCAAGAAGAAGCUUGUGCACUAGAGAGUAACUCCUUUGAAGAUUUGAGAAAGCAAGGGUAGAAAAGUCACCCCCCGUUCUCGGGUUCCAGUGACCCACAUGAAAAAGGGUGCUUGCCUUUACUUUAAGGACAACCUUCUAGAGGCAUGACAAACUUCAAAGGGAUUCACUUUUCACUUGACAUCUUAUCUGGCCUCAAUGGUAUUAGCACAGACAAAGGUCCUAACGAUUUUUUUUAAUGUUGAAAAAAGUCACUCAGUCAUGUGAAGACCUCAUUGUCUGGAAAAAGAAUUAGUGACUUCAGGCCUUUACGUUGUAAGCUAGUGUUUUUUUGCCCAAGAAGACAUCGUGCAUAGUGGAGCAUUUGAAUAACUGACUUGUCUUCAAGAUUUACAGAGGGCCAUUUCCCAAAAGGACUUAAAGUAAGAAUAGCAAUUUUAUUUUUGCAGUGCUUACAGGUAGCAUGAACCCACUGUUAUGGUUCAGUGGUAGUAUCCUUGCCUGUCAUGCAGGAGAUCUGGGUUCAACUCAGAUGCACAUACAACUACAGCCAUCAAGGUGCUGAAUGUCUAGACUUGGUCUGGCCUUUGGAAUCUGUCUCAGUGGUCUAAAGGAGAGAUGGAAGGUCUGGGAAGCUGCUGCUUCUCCAUACUCCUGCCUAGGCAUACACAUCAAAAGUUCUGGUGAAGGUCCUCUCAUGCAUACACCAUGAUCCAGAAAGAUUAAGGUUUGCUUACCACAGGUAGCAUGCGUCCUUGUCUUGGGCAGCACAUAAACUACUUCACUAGGCUCUGAGUCUUAAGAUCUAAUUCAGUUUGUGAUCAUGGUAGACUUCUGAUUCUGCAGCAUUUGCACUUCUGUUUCUGCACCAAAUUCUUUAAGGACCUCUAUACUUUUGAUAAAAGUUAAGGAAAGUGUGUCUUGAGUCAUUUCAUUUAGUGAUUUCUGGUAAAUUCAAAAAAGCCAAAUUAUUGUAAUGUGUAGUGACUUUGUAAAGGUAACAAGUCUUCAGCUCUAAUCUUGCACCAAAUUGUAGAAGGGUUAGUUUAUCCUAAAGACUAAUGACACCAUUUUACAAAUGAGUUCCUUACUGGUGAGUUGGUAGGUCUGUCUCUACUUUUCCCUUGUGCCCAUUUCUGUUAGGCCUUUCUCCCAGUGCUGGAUCCUAAAAGAUGUUCAGGUAUUUUAUAUAUGGUGGCUGAAACCAUUAGACUACCCUCCCUGCCAAAAUGAGGCUCCAUAGCCUGGAAUUUGGUGGUGAGUCCUGUCUCUGAAUCCCUGCAUGGGAUCCAGACCCAUGGAGCAGAUCUUUUAACACCGUUGUGUUAUACAGUGCUGCUUAAUGUUUCAUUUGACACCAUUUUUUGAACGUUACUAAAAGCUGUCCAAAUAUAUACUGAAGAGUUUUGUCAUCUAUCCAGCCUGGAACUGGAAGUCUGUUAAGGCUAAUUUUUGAUAGAGGCAGCUGCUAGUUUUGGAAAUGUGCCAGGUAGCCACGUUGUACUUAUUCCAUCCGUUCUACAAAGCACUAUUGUUUGCGUGCAGCGAAGAAAUCCUCCUUCCGUCUUCAAGUCUUACAGAAUUUAUUGGAACUUUAUUUCCAAAAUAGGGAAAUAAACUCUUCCCAUUCCUACGUUUGCAUGUUUUUUGGUCAUUUUGAGGGGCUGUAGGGCUGUCUCUUAUUUUGGUUAGUCACCUGCUUUUAAAAGGUAUCACUUUGUGUCUGUUUUUUAAAACUGAAAAUGCUUUUAGCAAAAUAACCAAACAAGAACAACAUGAGCAACAUAGUUAAUUUUAUUAUUUUAUUAAUGACUUUACUUUUUUCUUCUUAAGCCCUCUCUCAAGCAGAGUUCAUUAUAAUGAAAAUCCUGCCCAGAUGGUGGUAUCUGAUGAGAAUAUGUAGUUACCCGCCUUGUUGGCAGGACUCUCCUGUACUCUUCCAUCUCCUCGCAGAGCUCAGAGGCUAUCUUUAAUUAGAGGUGGUGGAUAUUUUGCUUCUAUUUGUUUCUUUCCUUUUUUUAAGGACAAUUUUUGGAUUACUUGUUUUUUUAUUUAAAUUGUAACUAGCUAGAAAGGUCAGAGGUCAGCAAUAUACAGACCUGGGUCAUGAGUUUGGAUCUUACUUUAACCCACUACUACUGCUCUUAGGGAUAAAAAAAAACAAAAACAACCCUUUAGAACUUGGGAGUCUUGCCUGCUCAGUGCUGGAAGGUUCAAGAUUCUAGAUGAAAAUCAUACCAGAAUGCAAUUUUUGCUUCUUGGAAAUCAAGAUGCAAUGGAUCAACUAGAGCAGAGAGUAAAUGAAUUUUUUAUGAAUGCAAAGAAAAACAAACCUGAAUGGAGAGAAGAACAAAUGACGUCAAUCAAAAAAGACUAUUAUAAAGCUCUGGAAGAUGCAGAUGAGAAGGUACAAUUGGCAAAUCAGAUAUAUGACUUGGUAGAUCGUCACUUGAGAAAGCUGGACCAAGAACUAGCUAAAUUUAAAAUGGAACUUGAGGCAGAUAAUGCUGGAAUUACAGAAAUAUUAGAAAGGCGUUCUCUGGAAUUGGAUACACCAUCUCAGCCUGUGAAUAACCAUCAUGCUCAUUCACAUACUCCAGUAGAAAAAAGGAAACAUAAUCCAUCUUCUCACCAUAGUACUACAGAUCAUGUUCCUGAAAAGAAGUUUAAAUCUGAAGCCCUUCUAUCUACGCUUACUUCAGAUGCUUCUAAAGAAAAUACACCGGGGUGUCGAAACAGUAAUUCAUCAUCCUCUUCCAACAAUGCAUACAAUACAAACUCUUCUCAGCCAUUGACAUCAUAUAACCUGGGCUCAUUAUCUUCAGGAUCUGGAGCCGGUGCUAUUACCAUGGCAGCAGCUCAAGCAGUACAAGCCACAGCACAGAUGAAGGAAGGAAGAAGAACAUCCAGCCUGAAAGCCAGCUAUGAAGCCUUCAAGAACAAUGACUUUCAACUUGGUAGAGAAUUUUCAUUAUCAAGAGACUCGUCUGGGUAUACCUCAUCAGCUCUGGCAUCUACGUUAACACAAACACUAGGUUCAUCAAACACGGAUUCACGGAGUGGUCGAAAAAGCAAAAACAAUAAUAAGUCUUCAAGCCAGCAGUCCUCAUCGUCUUCCUCCUCCUCCUCUUUGUCAUCGUGUUCUUCAUCAUCUGCUUUAGCACAGGAACUAUCGCAGCAAACAGCAGUAAUACCAGAAUCUGAUUCUAACAACCAAGUUGACUGGACCUAUGAUCCAAAUGAACCACGCUACUGUAUUUGUAAUCAGGUAUCGUAUGGUGAAAUGGUGGGAUGCGAUAACCAAGAUUGCCCUAUAGAGUGGUUCCAUUAUGGCUGUGUUGGAUUGACAGAGGCACCAAAAGGAAAAUGGUAUUGUCCACAAUGUACUGCUGCAAUGAAGAGAAGAGGCAGUAGACAUAAAUAAACUUCAUUUGGAAAACAAAGUACAUACUAAAGAUUUUAUAGAGGACUUAAUAAAAGAAAACAAAACACUUCUUUGCAACCACUUAAAAGAUUUAGCAGUCAUAAGAUAUUGAACUAUUAAUUUUGCUAGUUGUGUUUUAAUAUUGUAAGUAAAUUAUUUAUGCACUAUUGAUGUGCUACAAAUAUUCCAGUUGGCUUUGGAUUGUUCCAAUGGCCAACAUAUGCAGACAUUUGUACUCUCCAACCAUUUUCUCUAAGCAGUGGGCAUUCUACAAUAAUUCAGUCUUCAAAGGAUUCUAAGUGAAGAUUUUAAAUGUAUGUUUUAUAUUCAACAGACAUUCUGCUGCAUGUACUGUACUCAAGAGCUGUUAUGUUACAUUAUGUAUAUAAAUGGUGCAAAAAAGUCAGUGCUUCUAAAAAAGAGAGAAUAUAAGACAAUGGUUUUUAAAUGCCUUUAUAGCUUUGUUUCUUUUGUGAAACUAAAUUCAGCAGGCUGAAGAAAAUGGUUCUUGUAUAAAGCGGGCUGGUGUCCUCUGGAGUACUUGGGUACAUAAAAACAAACUUCUUUAGAGAAAAUACAAACUUGUGCCAUUAGUCUUUAUAUGUUUCUGCCCCAAACAGGGUGCAGGUCAUAAGAGAAAGGGUGUUAAAGUGAUGAUAAAUUUUUUAUACCAAAUGUGUUUAUUUUUUUGUGCGAGUAAUCCUUUAAAUUGGAAUUGUAUUAGGUGUUAAAAUAAAAAGGAAAAACCCUCAAUUGCCAAUAUUGAUGCUUUGCAUACUUUGUCAGAAAAAAAUAAAACCUUAGAAUUUA